UGUAAUACGAGAUUCAAGAUGGCUGCUGUCACAAAUACGUGGAUUAAGUUCUUCACGGAUGCUGGUAUUCCAGCUGGAAUAGCAGCUUCUUAUGCCCUGACGUUUUCCAACAACCGUAUUCGAAUGGACAUGUUGCUGGACCUCAAUAAAGAGUAUUUAAAAGACAUGGGUAUAACGCUAAUGGGAGAUGUGAUUGGUAUUCUUCGACACGCAAAACACGUUCAUGAACAGAAUGUUCGAGAUAAAAUACUUGGAACUUCAGCCAAUGCACCACUGCCACAAAAAUCAACUCCUGCUUCCAGAAUGUUGGACCAUUACAUGAGAAAGACAGACACAAAUUCAAGUGAUGGUGGAGGCAGUGGUAGUGGGGGUGGUGAUGGUGAUGUUGAUGAUACAGCAGUGUCAUUAGAAAAACAGAAGACUAGCAUUCCAAGUACUUCACUUUUCAAGGCAAAGAAGCAGACAUUGAAAACAAAAUCUGAGCAAGAAGUACAAGCACCACCUUUGAAGAAAGUGCGGCGUGUACUUCCAGAACAUGAAGGUCGCUACAAAAUCACGAUGCCAUCUGGAUCAACCCCUCGAACACAGAAGAUAUUAGCCAAGCAGGGACUGUUGACUCAGAAAAAAAAGACAGUGUUUGACAGGCUGGGGGAUGGCUCUGUUACAAGCACUACGGAAAGUGAAGGCCCAAGCAUUACUAUUACUGGAUUGGGAUUAAAUAUUGUGAAACCUGCCAGCAGCAUGCCAGAGAAGCAGUCAUCAGUAUUCUUACGCCUCGGUGAGAAAUCUCAGGUGUCUUCUACAUCAAACCAGGAUAUAUUGGAAGGGAAAACCUACCUUGAGGACAUUCCAGUCUCCAGAGAGUCUGUAUUGCCCUAUGCUGGAGUGUUUAAACAAGAACGACGGAAGAAAACUGUGAAAAAAGUGCACAUUCAGAAAAUUGAAGUCCCAACAAUGCAGGCUGAUAUUGAAUCAGCCAGACAGCACAUAACAGAGGAUGGUAGACUUAUAUCCAAAAUAGUACAAGUUCAAGAAAGGCUUGGAGCUUCAUUAUCAGAAGGCAAGAGUUUACUGCACACUCUGGAAUCUCCAAAUAAUGGGAAGGUUGUUAAGAAGAUUAUUAGAACCAACAAAACUACAGCAGGAAUUCUGGCAAACCCUACAAAUGCCAAGAAACUAAGCGUCAAAGCAAGGCUUGGAAGCUCUGAUUCAGAAGCCAGUUCAUCAACUACAGAACCAGCUAUUAGGCGAAAGAAGAUUGUUUUUGUGAAAAAAACUGGUGAGAAGGUCACUACUCCUAUCAACAGGGCCCAGGAUCUGAGAUUAAAUACUACAGCAACCAAGAGUGUUACAUUUGGUGGUGUAACAAAGAAAACCUUCAUGCCAAGAGAGGUUAUUACUAGUAGUACAAAUUGUAAUACAAUUACAUUUUCAAAUAAUGUUACAAGCACGUGUGGAAUACACAAAGGACCUGGUUCCAUUACUACGAAAACUGGUGUGUUCAGUCGUCUUGGAUCAUGAAAUAAGCAUAUGUAAAAUAUACUGUUAGGAAUAGACCUGGGCACUUAUCUAAUAAAUUGUCUACAAGCUGACCAGACAAAGUAAUGUUAUGGUAAUAAACAGCUGUACUGGUGCAGUGUGUUAUAGCAUAACCAAGGUGUAAUUUUAUGUGUUCUCCAAUACAACAUUAUUCAGUUGACAGAAAGGAAAAGUGAGUGUUCUGCUUUAUCAUCUAUGAAACUACUGUUUCAGUUACUUUACCCCCUAGAUCUGUACUCGGAAUAAAUGGAAAUGCAUCCUUUUUAGUGAGUCCUGUGAAGGAAACUGUGAUUUCAAUGGUAAUUUAUAACUUUUUAUUAGUACACCUGAAGUAUUAACUAGCUUUUAAUAUUUCGCAUUAUUUUGUCAGAAGCAAAUAUGACAUGUUAUCAGACAAUGUUUGAUUCUAGCCUUACUAUGUCCCAAGUAUAUGACCUCUGAUACAAAGUUUUACACUACCAAAUUUAUAAAGAAUGCAUUUGUUCCUCUGUGGUACCAACUACAAGAGGAAGCAAAAUAAUAAUGCAUAAAAUAAUAAAUAAAUUGUGAAAUUCA